AUGCCGCUUGUCGCAGUCCGACUAAUCGCUUUUCGACCUGGAUCGGCGAGAGCUGUUCAUCGCUUUUUGUUUUAGCUCACAUUUCGCAUCGUUGCUUCGGUGUCUCAAAAUAAAUAACGGUGCAAGGUAGUGGUAAAAGUUCAAUUUUAGCGGAGUUUUAUCCUUCAGGAUGCAAACCGAAAUCAAGACGGAACCCGCGGACGAUUGCUGGGAUGAUCCAUUGCAUAUAAAUAAUUAUCUAGAUACUGGAGAACUGUCGCAGGCUGGGCCUAGCCGAUUCAGAAUUCGAUUGCCUUCAACCGAUACGAAUAACGGGUUUCGGCUUCCGGAUGUAACAGGCUCAUCCAGGGAUGCUACAAACCGCCUACUACAACAAUGGGGGCUGGAAGCACUUUGCGAGAGGUUUACUGAACAUUUAAUUGAUGUAAACGUUUUGGACUAUAUUUUGGAUGUAGACAUCGUUGAUUUGUGCCGCGGUUUGCCGAUUCGUUAUAGACUAGUAUUGAGGCACAAUCUACAGAACGGAUACCACAGGCGGGUGAUCAUUACUGAGCAGUCAAAACAACCAACACAGAAAUCGACCACUAAACGACCACAGACGAAGGAUCACGAAACUCCAAAUCGGAAAAAGAAGAAGCCCGCUGUUCCGGUAACACCGACGGUACCAUGCCCUUCACAAUCCGGCGUGGAUCCUUCACAAAUUGUGCGAGUUGAAGAGGAUGUGUCAAUCCAUGAUAUCUUGGCGAAAGAACCCAAAUUUCGACAGUGUUUGAAUGAUCUGGAGCGAGGUUUGGUUCCGGAAAUCAUGGCGCUACGAUUCAUGAAUCGAAUCUUGACGGGUUACUUCUUUGAGGAACGAAUACUUGAACAAUCCGACUAUCCAAGGAAAGACGAAAAACAUGCGCUGGCGCUGAAAAUUCUCGAAACGUAUCCCCAACUUGAAAGAACUCGUAUCACUCCGGAUGCUCCAAAAGAGUCCUACUUCUUCUGGAUAAAUGGUGGCAAGGAAAAGGGACCACACACUGGUCUUAUCGAGUAUCGCACAACAAACCUGCGCAGAGAGGUCCCCCCUGAGAAGCGACGCUUUCUUCGGGCCGAAAAGAAACAAAUAGUCCUAUCCGACAGCAUUCGGGAGAAAGCAUCGCAUAUAGCCUCUUUGCCGCCAGUGCCCGGAAAUGAACAAGCAAUUUCGGAUGGUAUGGCCGAAUGUAUGGACCUUCACUUGAGCAUCCUUCAGCAGACCGAAUCGAACCAAGCCGAAGUAUUGGUAUCUACGUUUCCGCAUCUGCUGUCUUACGGUGGUAGAAUGGUCCAACAAGUUUUCAAGCGUUUCCAUAGCAAUUACGAUGAAUCCACCCCAAUAGACAAGUUUCUAGUUUUGGGAUUGUUGCUAGAUGCACAUGCAUUUGCUCAAGUUGAAAAUAAGCACAUCAGAGCCACUCUACGAAUUAUGAAAAAGUUGAUUAUGAUCGGUAAAAAAGAGGAGUCUGAUGAAAUGUCCACCGAAGAGGCAGAAGCGUCAUCGCUUAUCAGAUGGAUAAAGUGCAACGAGAAUGAAUUGGAAAUUUACACAGUGCAGCAAUACGUGUCUGAGCGAUCCAACACUGCUCCCCAUAUCGUUUGCCUGGCGGACGUUUUCAGAGAAGGAAACAUGUACAUAAUAUUCCAGGACAAGUUCAUCCACUGUGGGACAUCUGCUGUACAUUCGAUGGAUGUGCUUUUUAAAUUGUUUACCGUAUUUGCUAUUCCCGUACCAGUCAUGCUUAGAAAGAUACACGAGCUGUUGAUGGUGUAUUUGUGGAAAAUAACAACAUCCUGUAAGAGCGUCACGGUUUCGAAGAUGAUGGCUAAGUUGGAAGAACUGGAUGUUUUUAAUCAAAAUGACAGCAAUGCGAACUCUGGUAGCACGUCGUAAAAGGGUGUAAAUAGUAUUCUUUUAUGGACCAAGGACUGAUUCGAUGUAUUUAAUUUAUUUUGUUCUCUUGCGGUAAUAAAUUGGUAAACAACUGAA